AACCUGCUCUCUGGGAUACUUCCGCUGUGGCCACGGUCGCGCGUGUAUCCUGUCAUGGAAGCGGUGUGACGGGAUCUCUGACUGUACGGAUGGGAGUGAUGAAGUGGGUUGUGUAUGUCAGCCAAUACCUGGAGAUUUUCAAAUCGACAUCAGACUGGCCAUGCUGCCGAAUCAGCUGGGCCAGACGACGUUUGAGGAGGUCCAGAACUCCUCUGUGGUGGAGCUGCUCAAUAGUUCGUACAGCAGCUCCGGAAACUACCACCCGGAGUUACGGAAAUUCGUUUCGACGGUCAUUUUCCCGCAAUGCAAUGUCACAGUACAGAACAAUACCGACUGCUAUUCGUCUUCAAAUGUAACCAACAUGAUCUCGUGCAUGGGAAACGUCACGGGCACACAACUGGUGCCAUGCCGCUCUUGGUGUGAAGAGGUCCUCAACAUGGCCGCUGACUGGAUGAAAGUCCUGCUGCCUCGAUGCAAGCUGUUUCCAUCGUCCAAACACGGCUGCUGGAAUCCUACUUCAGCCAAGCUGGGAAACAAAGUUUGCUACCAUGGCAACGGCAUAAACUACCGUGGCACAUGGAGUAAAACUACAUCCGGGGCAGAUUGUGUGGAGUGGUUGGCUGAGCAAUCUGGUUACUACAAGACAGAGUACCCCUGGGCUAACCUGGAUAACAACUACUGCCGCAACCCGACCGGGCUCGAUCGGCCAUUUUGUUUGACAGACGACGGUAGCCAGGAGGACUGUGACGUCAUUCCUUGUGAUGCCGAUGGCUGUUGGGACAGAGGCCCUCCAAACUAUGGCAAGAGAAGCCCAAGCAAGAGCUUCUACUUCGUGGACGAAAGAGUCACGUACACGUGCAACGAAGGCUACACACUGAAGUCCGGUUACACCAGUGAAGCGAGGUGCAUGUUAGGAGGCGAUUGGCAAUAUGACAAGCCCAGUUGCUCAGUAAACCAUCGACGAAGGCUGCAAGAGGAGCUACUGGAGAUUUACAGUGCCAGCCUUGCACCUGAGAAUGUCGUCAUCAACUUCACUGGAUCUGUGGAACAGAUAGUCGACUUGGAUGAAAAGAAGGAGCAGCUGGUUGCAUCUGUCGCCAUCGACUUCACAUGGCAAGACAGCAGACUGAGUUGGGAUCCGAAAUACUACGAUGACAUCACGUCACUCAACAUUCUGGGCGACAGCAUUUGGACCCCAAUAUUGACCUUGAAGAGAAAUGCCAAUCCACACAGCCUACAAAAUGAUGUCCCGGUCCGAGUGAGCAGCAAUGGCCAGGUAGCCUGGAACGUAGAAACCCAGACCACCACCGUGUGUGAUGCAGACCCCUUCUACUUCCCUGCAGACACCAUGGAAUGCCACAUCUGCUUGUCUGCGAUCGCAGCAGUGGAGCAAACUAUUCAAUGCCAAGGAGCAGACAAGGGGAACAGUCCAUGCAACUCUUACUCUGAUGUAACAACGGAGGGUGAAUGGCGUAGAAAUGACCAGAUAUUUGCGAAAGACAACAGAGAAGCUUGCUUUGUUGUCCAUCUAAAGAGGAUCCCCCUGCUCCACAUCGCCACCACUGUUGGACCCUGCAUCAUCCUGGUUGUCUUGAUGACAAUCACAUUCGUCAUGCCCCUGGACAGGGGAGACCGGAUCUCGUUCGGACUGACCAUUCUGCUCUCCAUGGUCGUGUCUCUUGUAUUUGUGACGGACGUUCUUCCUGUUAAGGGGGCUCUGCCAUUUUUCGCUACGCUGAUCAUCGUGUGCAUGGGGCUGAUGGGAGUUUUUCUCCUUCUCACCAUGGCCGUUAUCGUUAUUCACGACCGAGAGGGCAGCCUGCCUCCGACGGUGAAGGUUAUUUUUUUCCGACACAUUUCAAAAAUACUGCUGUUGGGUGAUCUAACAGAAAAGAAGCGCCCCUGUGAUGAAGAGGCCGACCUGACUGACUUCCCUGCCACAGAGUUGGAGGCCGACCUGACUGACUUCUCUGCUAUAGAGUUGAUCAACAACGCUUUUCAAACCCAUGACAAGGCGGAAGUCAGCGACGAAAGACCCUGUGAUGGCAGUGAGACAACCAGGCAGCCAUCAACUCUUCUCGCUGGUCUGGUACCCACCCGUUCAACCGCCCUUCUUGAGUUGAUUCUUAAUCUUAAAGGGGUAAAGAACGAAGUCAAAGAUCUCGCAAAGGCGGUUGAUAACAAGAGAGAGGUGCUUAAGAAGGUUAUGAUGAGUGAGGAUGAGGUGUCUGAAUACAUCCUGUUGGCUAAAGUCCUGGACAGGCUGUGUCUUGUUCUGUACAUCAUCAGCAUCGCGGCAGCCGUUCCCAUGACUAUGUAUUUAGGGAGGUAA